AUGCCAUACACUGCGCCGUUCAAGUCGUUGCUCGCCGCGCAACACAUCGAAUACUGUGAUCCGAAAUCAGAUGUCCUUCCCGAAAGGCCUGGUCUGACUCGUUCUACAUCACCCCGUCUGCAGAACUCCCGUUCCUAUUCCUCUACCUCGUACGUUCGUCGACACAGAAGGAGCCCAUCGAUCUCCAAGUCCUCCCCCGUGCAUACCCCCGAGUCUGCACGCCAAUCGACCUCCAUCAUUGACCCUCAUGCUAGUUUACGGCAGUCCCCGCCCCCAUUAAGCAAUGCUGCCAUUCCUCCAGGGGCGGUAAUCUCGCCCCCAGAAUCCGCCCCCAACUCAGAUGAGGAGUCGCCCUAUCAAAGUGAAGGAAUCAAGCUCGAGGAGCUGGAGGCAGCCGUCAAGGCCAUUGAACAACGAAAGGAACACUCACCGGAGAGAAUGGGCCCAGCCAGUCAAACAGGAACAGAGGCUCAAUCCUCAUUGAGUCAUAAUAAUACUACACCUAUCUUGACAUCGAAGCCUAGCAACCAUCUGCGAUUAUCUAAAGAAGCUCGGAAGAUCUCUCAUUCGCGAUCUUCCACUGAAUCAGCGAUCUCGCUGAGAAAUGAGGAAGCAUUGACCAGCUCCCCCGAUGAGAGCGAUGCAGAACUUUCGCCUCGACCACCUAUGGUCCGGAAGAAGUCGGGCGAGUUGGUUCGGCCAGCUCUCCGGCCCGCAUCGGCUCGGCGUCGGCCUUCCAGUAUGCCAGGGACCCCGGUCUAUGCUAAGGCUGUGCACUUCGACUCACACUUGGAACACAUCCGCCAUUUCUUACAACUUGACCGACCCUUGGCUGUCAGUGCUGAGACAUCCCCAGUGGACAACUAUGAUACAGAAGGCGAAUUUCCUUUCAGCCAAAAGCAGGACAAGUCGCCUUCAUGGGAGUGGGAGCUCCGCCUUCCAAAUUUCCCAAAGGAUUUGUCGGCCCGUGCCACUAUUCCCGUUCGCUUGGAAAGACUGUUUCUCUCUGGAGACAAGAAUGUCUUGGUCGGUUCGGUUGCUGUAGCAAACUUGGCGUUCCACAAGCAUGUGGCCGCCCGUUUCACAUUUGAUUACUGGAGGACAGUCUCGGAGGUUAGUGCAGUAUUCUGUCACGAUAUUCGCCGCAAACACAUACACGAUGAGUACGACCGAUUUUCUUUCGAAAUCAAAUUGGACGACCAGGCAAACUUGGAGAAAAAGUCGCUGUCCAUGUGUAUUCGUUAUACUGUGAACGGACAGGAACAUUGGGACAAUAAUAAUGGAAUGAACUUCCAAGUUGAUUUCCACAAAGCUCUCAAGGUCUCCACCUCUACCCCCAAUGCCAACAAGUCAUCUGGUGGAUCCCGACCUUCGCUUCCCCGCAGUCGUACAUUCACUGGCUCACACACCCGUCCCCAAUCAAUGCCAUCAUCCUUGGACGAUUUCCCAGAGCUCAACAAGAAUCUUUCCUUUGCCAAUCCGUUCGCCAGCUCGAAGGCCUCGCCCCUCACCAAGGCUGCGUCGGAUGACAUUGAUACUUGCGAGCCACCUAAGCGUCGGGAAAAGCCUACCCCUCAGGCAUUUGGUAACCGCUAUGACUUUGGUGCCUCGUUGACUGCUGCUAUGCGGACGAAGCCUCCUGUUGACCGGACUACUCUCACAACACGAGCACGCUCUGAAACUCCCAUCCAGGCGAACACGGCUAGACCAGUCGAGAAAGCUCCAGAGCCUUCUCCGCGCGAGUCAUCUCCAGUGAGCAUUGCACGCAAUGGAGCCCCUGCGGAAAACUUGAAGCCUUCCUCACUGGUCUCUAGCAAGCCAUGCCUCGAGUCCUCUGUGUACAAAGAGUUGGUCGAUAAGUAUUGCUUUUAUGGCACGCCCAAGUCCGCGAGUACAAAGCAGACUUUCUCCGUGAAUGUUCCUAGCGAAGACGCAAGAAGGUUUCCCUCCGGGACUCCCUCGCCGCCUUUGUCUCCUGGGUCACCAGCUCCUCUGGAGCCUCCAUCCCCAGGGCAUUCUAGCGAAAUCCGGUCUCGGUCGCCAGCAGCUAUUAGUCCACGAAGCUCUCCACGCUCUUCCCCAUCGCCUAUGUCUCACCGAUAUCCAUAUCAUCAGACAUUGGGAAGGGAUUCCUAG